GGUAAAAAGUAAUAAAAAGUGAAUAACUAAAUGACUUCAUUUGGUGAAUUAGUAAUAUAUUAAAUUGUACCCGAAGCUUGAGUGAAAACAGUCGGACAUUUAUUGGACACCCGUUUUGUUUAUCAGUGAAAAAAGAUCAAAGGUUUCGAUGACCGAUGGCCGGUGAAUAUUAAGUUUUUAAAGUGUUUGAAGGCAAUGAGUCCUUACUGAGAUUGAUAUUUUCAUUAAGUGUUCGUUAUAUGACAUUUGAGAUUUAUAUACAUGUAUUGAAAAGUGCGCCAUGAUCACUGAGCCGGAAUUAUCGGGAUAAAAGAUCUGAAACACCCGCCGGACAUAUUCGUUUAUGAAACGGGAAUACAUUUUCACACAAUGUAUACUCUGACUAACAAAAGAAACUAUAGAUGAAAGUAUUUGACAUCGAUUUAUUGUGUUUUGAAACAACAUUCUUGCAGCUUGUUGUAUAUGAUAGUUGAAUAAUAAAAUCUGUCAGUGUUUACAAAUUAAUUAUAAAUCAUUAAAAAUACAAAUACACCGGGGAUAAAAUUUGGGAUUUUCGGAAUACCGUCGUUUGUUUUGCUGUUGAAGAUUUGAUUGGAAAAGGGAUUAUGUGCAUUGGGAAUUCUCAAGUGUUUGUCACGAUUUAAGACUCGCUAAAGUAGUUGUAAAUGUCAUAGGCUUGGCUUGGUGUUAUAUUUUCCCAAAUAAUUCAAAAUAUAUGAAUCAUAAGUUGGAAAUAAUACUCUGUUUAUGAAUUCUGUGGUGGAAAAAAACAGAAUCAGUUGAGUUAAAAAACGGGGAUUGUAAAAUCAAAUAAUUGCGCUACGGAUUAAAAUAAACAAACAGAAUAUUCUUGAUUUCUACGCAUAAGAAUAUUAUGGAUACUAUUGUUUAACUAUUUAUAAUAAUAAGAAAAUAGAAGAUUUAAAGCGAUUCUGGCAUAACAGAAAAGGAGGAAUUUAAUGACUGGAUCCCAAUGUAAAUAUUUGUACAAAACGCAAAUUCAACAAUAAUUUGAAGAUGAAACUUUUGUGGAUUCUAUGCUUGGCUGCCUCGUUGGGUCAAAACCUGCUAUCAGUGGCCGGCGCCCAAUACCGUCUUCUAUACCUCCAAUACAUCCCGUUUGGAGCCGUGUACCGCUACCAGGCCCGAUGCUCCCUCCCUUGCACCGGAAAUUACCCACCGAACUCUUUACAGGUCACUAUUAUGCUUGACCGGAUGUACAAGAACUUUGAGGGGUACAACUAUUUCCGGGUACUCCAACGUUCCCAGAGUUUAAUCUGGUAUCUGAACAACACGAUCACCAUGCAGGAGAACUCGGCGGGCCUGUGCACGUUUGACGUCCAGUUUGAUACAUUAACGUCUACUGGGUCCGAUGCCGGAACGCCGAGCGGCACGUGUCAGAUCGGACAUUUUACACCGACGUCAUGUUCACGAGGUGACACGAGCGACCAGUACUGCAUCAACGUAGUGCGAGAUCACCUUGACAACUGCUACAACCAGACGAUCUUCUCCCAGUGUUGUGAAACAUGUAACAACUACAGAACAGAUAUCGAAGAUUGCCCGUUUGGCGACCUUGACCCUAGGGAAUGCACGUCCCUUGCAGACAACCAGUGUUAUAAUCCAAACGUACGAUCGUUAUGCUGUCACACGUGUCAUAAUAUAAAACAGUCGCACAACCAAGAAACAGAAGAUUGCCCAUAUGGCGACAGGGACCCUACUUUUUGCAACAGCUACUUGACCAACGACGCCGCCUGCUACAACAACUCCGUGAAAUGUUGUGAUACUUGCCACUGGUAUGCAGACUUAGAACAACCUGACUGUCUGUAUGGAAACAAGCGACCGGAAUUUUGUCAGGGAAUCACUGACGCCAGCUGUUAUGACGUCAAUAUUGCAAGGGAUUGCUGCCGCACGUGCAAUGACGCAAAGAAUGAAAAUAACCAGGGUUGCGAAUACGGCGAUAAGAACACACUCUACUGCAGUAACAUCUCGCGGUCGUCUUGCUAUCGCGAUAACGUAACGGACACCUGUUGUGACACGUGCGUCUAUCUUGGCAACGAUGAAAUGACAGAUUGCAAGUACGGCGACCGUCGUGAUUACUGCAGUAACGUCACAAGAGAUGAUUGUUAUGACGUCACAACCCAGAAUGACUGCUGCGAAUCUUGCCAGUACUUCCAGACGAAUGACUGUCCUGUUGGAGAGGAUGCCAACUGCUGGCAACAUGACGCAUCGGACUGUUACAGGGCUGACGUCCGACAGAAAUGCUGUCAAACUUGUCUGCAGUAUUAUACAGAUAAUACUUUCCUUCCUGCGAACUGUAAAUAUGGCGACCGUGACCUCAAUUGCUACAACAUCGUAAGCAGCGGUGGAAAUUGUUACGACCCUGGUACCGAGUACGACUGUUGCCAGACGUGUGCUUAUUACAAAGUAAAUGGAAAUCCUAAUUAUUGUCGUUACGGGGAUAAAUCCCUGGAAUGCAACAACACCGUUUCGUUUGAGUGUUACGAAGCGGAGUACAGAGAUAAAUGCUGUGACACGUGCUCGGAAUAUGACCAGGCCGAUACGCUGGGAAAUUCAUGUGCAUUUGGUGACCGGGUGGAGAGUUGUUACAUGCGCCCCGCUUACGAGUGUUACGAGCCAGGAAAUAGAGCGGAGUGCUGUAAGAGUUGCAAAACCAUAGAGAACAAGAAUAACGUUGGUUGUGAGUUUGGCGACCGAGACGCUGAGUGCUCUGACAUCAGCCCCAGCGAUUGCUACGAAAAGGCUAACACGUGCUGUCAGUCCUGUCCCUCGCUAACAUCCUCGUUGAAUAUUGAUUACUGCAAAUACGGCGAUAGAGAGGACUGCAGCUCAAUACAACAUUCGGAAUGCGUGAAUGCCGAAGUAAACAGGAAUUGUUGUGAGACGUGCUAUAUCUUGAACCUACACAACGACACAUAUACCAGCUCGACAGCUUUUCCGACGACCCACUCCGGAGGAGCCUGUGAGGACGAAAGCUUCUACUGCUAUAGUAUUCCGGCAACGGCUUGUUACAACGACGAAACAAGGUGUUGCGCCAGAUGCGAAUCCCUCCGAAUUGACAAUACAGGCAUUGCGGAUUGCAAGUACGGUGAUCGCCCUAACUGGUUGGAUAUUAAGUACGGUGAUCGCGCUAACUGGUGUUCUAAUAUCUUACCACGUGACUGUUAUGACGUCACCACGCAAAGGGAAUGUUGUCUCACGUGUGAUAACUUCAGGCGUAAUGAUUUACCGGACUAUUGCCCGUACGGGAACAAGUUGACAGACUGUUACUCCGGCCAGUAUCAUCCCUCGGAAUGCUAUUAUCCAGAACGGAAUGCACAAUGUUGCGAGGCUUGCUACAACUUAGAGACUGGCGACAGAGAAUGUGAAUACGGGGAUAAAACCCCCGACUGUGAAUCCGUUCAGAACCAUCCUGGCCGCUGUUACAAUUACACCGUUAGCCAAGUGUGUUGUGGGUCAUGCCCGGACUAUAGAGACUCCUCCAAUCAAGGUUGUGAGUUUGGUGACCGCGUGAACACCGGAUGUUACGUGUCAAUGUGCGGCCAGUACUCCCCCGGGCGAUUGCGUGACUGUUGUGGUACGUGUGAAGAUUAUAUCAACAACCAGCAAACCACACCUACCACUGAGGAUCCAUAUCCCAAUACGACGGAAAAACAAACAUCUACGUCAGUGGGGCCUAUUGUGGGCGGAGCUGUGGGAGGAGUCUUGUUCGUUGUCAUAGUGAUUCUGGUUGCCUGCUUCCUUAUAAGGAGAAACAAACGGGACCCUGUGAAAGCAUAUGUUUCAAAUGGGUCGUACCCAAUGAACCCAGGCGCAAACCCCGACCCCCGGAGUAGACCCCACACUGCCCCAAUGUUUGAUAACCAGGGAUUCACCGCAUUUUCAAACCCGUCUAGCGCCAGUAGCAGACACCCCCAUCAAUCCGCCGGAUACAAAGCCGCUGGUCAACCAAAUAAUCGUAAUAGCAUGCCAGCUCAUAUGAACGGUCAACCUCUUCACUAUGCAAGUCGUCAGGUGCCAAAUAACAUGUCGCUUCCGGUUGGUCACGCGCAAGGUCACAUGACCUCAGCAGCAGGUCACAUGUCUCAAAACCAGCAGCCGAUUGGUCAAAGGCAACAUAGGAGCCAGUUACAGAAAUCAGAAAAGGACGAGGAAGUUUAUGACUAUAUAGAUGACAGUGAUGUGAGGACCGUGGUAUCGGGGCCUGUCAGACGGCCUACAUUACCGUCAAGACCGGAAGGAGCAGCAGGUACUGACGGCGUCUACCUUGAGCCUCUAGCGGCCGACGACUACACCAAUCCUAGCUUCAAUGCUGAAGGGGAUGGCGAUAGUCACCCGUAUCACAUUCUUGAGAAACCGGAGAACCAGCAUGCUCAUCAGUACAUGCAAUUGUAACCUUUCUUCGAAUGGGCAUUACUAGAAGCGGACUAAAUCAAGCCACAAAGCCAGAAUUUGUGAAAGAAAAUACCCAGAUCUGCUUUACCUUUAGAUUUGUAUAUAAACAUGUGUCGUUUUGGGCAGAUCAUGAUAUGUAUUACGAUUCUUAUCAUAACUCUGAGCAACAGUUUUUAUUAAGGAAAUUAAGGCUGUUUCAAUAACGAUUCCAAAAUUAAAGGAGUAAAAUGCUUUUCAAUAAAAAAAUACCGUAAGGACAUUUAUCUCAUCGAUUCUGCCUGAUCUGGUGCACUCAUAAGCGAUGAAACACAUUCGGCACUCAUCGGCCACUUUCCAUAGAAAAGUAGUUAAUGGACUGUUUACGAUGACAGAAAUCUAAACAUUUAACCACGCUGCAAGUAGUGCACGUAGUGAUUUCAAUAUUGCAGAUAAACUUAAUAUCGAUUUACUCUUGGGAAUUCUAAUUAUUCAUGCAAUAAAACACUUCAAUGGCAAUCAUUUUAGACUUGUAAAACACAAUACACUUUGAAAGUCUAUAAUAAAUGGAUACUAUUAUUUAAGACUUUACGAACUACUUCUACUGAUGUACCUGUAUUCAUCCGAGUUUGUUUUCAAUUGAAAAUGACUGAGGAGCUCCGAAUGCAGUGAAAUGGGGCACCGACCAAAAUCAAGCUAGUUCUCUGAUUCUCAACGUCAUGCUUAACUCUGAUGCGCCUUGACCCAAUUUAAUUUUAGUAUUUAUUUUGAGGAAGAAGCUUGCUGAUAGCUUAUAUGUAAAAUAAAUGAUGAACAUGUAUCAGACAUAAAGUAUAUUAGAGUUUGUAUAUAAGAUCUUUGAUUUAACUAAAAUUGAACGCGAAAUAACCUAUUUUGAUUUUUUUCAAAACAAAAAAAAACCUGUUUGAUAUUUUUUAUAUAUAAUGCAUGUAUAUUAAUGUAUGUACAUAGCACUCAACUGAUACCGAAAUAAUGUGGGGUCACCAAGACUCAAAAGUUAAUGCAUUUGAAAAACAGAUACCUUAAAUAUAUCUUUAAAUCAUCCAUAGACAUUAAGACUUAUUCCUAUGAGGCUAUUAUUUUUGAAAUCCAUUUUUUCUUACACUACUCAUUCUAUUUUAACAUAUAUAUACUCCUCAGAAUGUAAACUUACAUUGGUAACAUUUUGUGUACACGUCGAUACUUUUGUUUAUAUAUAAUUAUGUUUUUAUCAUGAAGUUGGUUCCGUUUUUUUUUUCAGUAUUGGACUGGAAAUCCAUUCUUUUGUACAGUUUUACAUACAAUACUGUCACUUAUUAUUGAAAUAAUUUUUUUGUAAAUGAAAUCCAACGAUUGAUGUGAUAAAUUUGAAAGGAAUCUCAUUUUAUAUUUUGUAAAUACUAUGUUGUUAAUACUGUUUUAGAGUUUUGUAUAUUUAUUUGUUUGUAUUUUAACUCUAUACCGUGUUCAGAUGCAUACAUUUACUGUUGCUUUAAAAGUGAAAAUGAGUUUACAAAGGACUUGCAAUUUGAUGCUCUGCAAAACUUACAUUUCAUUUAAAAAAAGUUUUUGUUUUGUAAUCUUACGUAUAUUUAUGCUGAA